AUGCGUACCUUCAGCUUCCUGGUCACCCUCGUGGCCGCCCUAAUUGGCUUCUACAACUACUUCGAGGCGCGUCUGGAGAGUUUCUACAUCUUCGACCCCAGCCAUCUGCACGAUCUUUCGCAGCGCGCCAUUGCUGCCCACGGCGAGAACACUCGCGGCGUGGUCGACUUCAUCGUUGCCGAAUUGGAGCAGAAGGUGCCCUCCGUUCACAUCAACAAGGACGAAGAAUGGGUGUUUAACAACGCCGGUGGCGCCAUGGGUGCCAUGUAUAUUAUCCAUGCCAGUAUCACUGAAUACUUGAUUAUCUUCGGCACCGCCAUCGGAACCGAGGGUCACACCGGCCGUCACACAGCCGACGACUACUUCAACAUCCUCCAGGGAACUCAGCUCGCCUACGUGCCCGGCUCCUUCGAGCCCGAGGUCUAUCCCGCCGGUAGCGUGCACCACCUCCGCCGCGGCGAGGUCAAGCAGUACAAGAUGGACUCGUCGUGCUUUGCGCUGGAAUACGCCCGCGGCUGGAUCCCUCCCAUGCUGUUCUUCGGCUACGCCGAUACCUUCUCGAGCACCCUGGACUUCCCGACCUUGUGGGCGACCUCGCGCAUCACGGGCCGUGAGAUGAUCUCCAACCUGUUCAAGGGCAAGAUGUAA